AUGCCAAACAGAAGCUUGCCAGACAACUGGCUCAACUGCCCUCAAUUCGGAGAGACAAUCGAAGGCGUCGUCCCCAUUAAAGUGCCUUUAGAUCCUCAAUACCGCUACGCUAGAGAGAAAAGAUGGUCUUGGGAGGAAGCUCUUGCAAAAUAUCCUCAGAUCGGGCUUGUUGUCGAUCUGACGAACACGGAUCGUUACUACGACAAACAGCAGCUCUACGAUCAAGAUAUUGAGUACAUCAAAGCCAAGAUGCCCGGGCACGGACAAAUCCCUUCGCGACGAGAAAUCUUCACUCUUGCUGGCAAGAUCAACGGUUUCAUCGAAGAGCAUCCAGACAAAAUAGUAGCUGUCCACUGCACGCAUGGCUUCAAUCGCACGGGAUUCCUUGUUUGCGCCUAUCUCCAUUUACACAAGGAAUAUACUAUCCCACGCGCCGUAGAAAGUUUUGCAAAGGUUCGACAAGGUGGCAUCUAUCGAACAGAAAUCAUCCAGGCGCUUCAUGAUUUUUACCACGACGAAAAGAAAAGAAGAAAAAUACCAAGGGGGCCGAAGAAAGCGUCGCAGAAGAAAAAGAAGGAAGAGCCAGAAAGAGAGGUUACCGUCAUUGUUGACAAGCCUCAAAAGAAAGAGCGAAAGGUCUCGGUUGAAAAAGCGCGCUCCGAAAGUCGAAGAGGCUCUGGUUCCAAAGGGUCGAGAGGAAGCAAGCCUCAUUUCGCCUCUGCGAGCUGCAACCCACUUGAUGCGAUCGACAGUCGUGACACCGAAACUCCUGUUUGGAUAAUUCCAAGUCGACGAUCCAAGGGCCCCAAAAACUAA